UUCAUCACAGGUACUACCUUUGUUUAUGUUCUUGUUUCUAUGUUUAUUUGUAGGUUUGGGAUGUGGUGGUAUAGACCAUAGCAAUGCUGUGUUUACAUUUUAGAAUGGAAACUCAGUAAAAAUGUCAUUCUAACUUACUGAAUCGAAAAACCAGUGGUGUAAAGUACUUAAGUAAAAAUGCUUUCAAAUACAACUUAAGUCGUUUUUUGGGGUAUCUGUACUUUACUUUACUAUACUAAUACAUUCCUAAAGAAAAUUAUGUACUUUUUACUCCAUACAUUUUCCCUGACACCCAAAAGUACUAGUUACAUUUUGAAUGCAGGAAAAUGGUCUAAUUCAAUAUUUAUACUUUCACUUUUGAUACUUAAGUACAUUUUAGCAAUUACAUUUACUUUUGAUACUUAAGUAUAUUUAUGACCAAAUACUUUCAGACUUCUACUCAAGUAUUAUUUUACUGGGUGACUUUCACUUUUACUUGAGUCAUUUUCUAUUUAAGUUACCUUUACUUUUACUCAAGUAUGACAAUUGGGUACUUUUUCCACCACUGCGAGAAACAAAAUCAAAUGGAAACACAGCAUUGCUAUGGUCUAUACCAACACAUAUACUUCCACCAGCAGGGCAUAGUGACAAGACAACAUGACUUGGAUAUAGUAAAGAAGCUCCUACAUUGUUUCCAAUGAUGGAAAAGUCCACUAGUGUAUUAUGAUUGUGCUGACAUAGAACUAUCCUGUCCUGUUUAUGUAGUUGAUGAGCAUGAGAUCCACCAAAUGUAAUGGAGCCAUUUUGAAAAGAUGAAAGGUGGGCUAAAUUUAGUUACACAUGUGCAAAAAGGAUUAUCUCCUCUGUAAUCUCAUGAAAUCCAUGGUCAUGCUCUGUAGACGAGCAGAUUGAUUAAGAGCUGGUGAUAAUGUAAUCUCCUCUGUUUAAUUAGUGUGAGCAUGGUGGGCAGCUAAAGCAAACCACAUUACACACCAUCUGGACUGGAGACUGACUGGAGCAGCAGCCCUGCUCUUAUCCACCCUCUCCAUCGUUAGUUUUUACAACAAGACACAAACAAGGACAUGUCAACGCUUGCUCUAUGUUCUCAGACUGGAUACAAAUGUCAUCCUGCACACAUCAUUAAAAACUAUUAUUGUUAACAGGAUUUUUGAACCUGCGCAGGUGAUAAACUUUUUUCUAGUUUGUCUUGUUGACGGUAUAAACGGUGGACACUCCUGUCGGUUUGUCUCGGUUUCCAGCCAUGUUCUCCACGGUGAUCUCCAACAGCUGUGCACUCUAUGGGGACUAUGGCAACUAUGGACCUCCCCCAUACCCCAGGAAGAACAUCAGACCCAGAGCUUCACUUCGACACAACCCAUAUAACCCAUACAGGCCAUACCUGAGGAGGGUGGACACAAGAGUAUCUUUAGCCAAUCCCAAUAAAAUCUCCAGGACCACCAGUAGGGGUCAGUAUGUCACCAUGCCUGUUCACCAUCCAAAGCUGCAUCCACUGCCGGUCAGUCAGAGGAUCAUCCAAUCACAGCACAAAGCAAGACAGACCAGGAGUGCUGAGAGGUUCUCCAGUUAUGAUACAAGCUCCUGGAUUGGGAAAGGCUCUAGUAAACCUAAUAGAGGGAAGAAAACACAGAACAAGGCCACAUCUUCUUCUUCCAAGAGUACAGGAGACAUAAGACACAAGAGUUCCAGUUCUAAUGGUCGCCAGCACCAUCGCUACUUCACCAAGGAUGGCAUGUGUCGUGGCUCAUCAUACAGUUCCAAGAACAAGAUGUGUGACCUGAUCGGCACCCUGGUGGAUCUGAAGUACAGCUGGAUCCUAUUUGUCUUCACCCUGUGCUACACCGUCACCUGGGCAGCCUUCGCAGAGCUCUACUUCCUGGGAGCUUGGCUGCGUGGUGAUAUGGAACACAUACAAGACCCGCAAUGGCAGCCAUGCUUUGAGAAACUGGACAGUUUCCAUUCGGCCCUCUCUAUCUCCAUGGACAGCCAAGUCAUCAACGGCUACGGCUCUAGAGUGGUCUCAGCCAACUGCAUGGACGGGCUGGUUCUCAUGAUGGCACAGUCCAUCAUUGAAUCAGUGUUAGACACCCUGAUGCUGGGCUGCAUCCUGGCCAAGCUAGCCAGGCCUAAGAGGAGGCUGCCCACUCUGUUAUUCAGUCAGCACUGUGUGGUCUCUGAGAGGGAUGAGAGGCUGUGCCUGAUGUUCAACGUCAAGACUCUGAAAGAAACACACAUGCUGGUGGCAGAGAUAAGAGCCAAGCUGAUCAAAUCUCACCAUACCAAAGAGGGAGAGUUCAUCCUGUUGGAGCAGAGAGAGCUGACUCUGGGGAUGGGGCCAGAUGGAACCAGGCUGUUCACAGUGGAGCCCCAGACCAUGGAGCAUGUCAUUGAUGAACAAAGUCCUCUCUGGGGCAUCAGCGCUGACUCUUUAGAGUGGGAUACCUUUGAAAUUGUGGUCAUGGUGGACGGAGCCAUUCAAGACGCAGGCACAGCCUUCCAUGUGAGGACCUCCUACACAGAAGAUGAGAUUUUUUGGGGACAGCGCUUUAAGUCACACAAGCCACUAGAAAAGAGGGGGAUUGGUUCCAAUCACAAGACCUCUGAUAAGAACUAUAAGGUCCAGACUGCCACACACAGUGACAGAGAGAUGGCAGUGAGACAAAGACAUGAGAGAUCUCCUGGACACGACACAGACUCUGUCCCCUCCAACAUGCCUACAAGGAAAGUACAUUACCAGUAUUUAUCUGAUCAAAUGUUACUGUGCAACUCAGUCACUAAUAACAUUGGCACAGGAACUAAGAAACUUAGUAAGAAUGAGUUCUUUAUAUAAAUAUUGACAUUUGACAUGUUGGCAUAGAAGUGUUAAUCAAAGUUUAUGAAAUCAAGCCACACUGUACAUAUCCAUCAGAAUGUUUAUACAAUGUAAAUAAACAAAUGCUGAUUACCAAUAUCUAAAGGUGCCAUUUAUACAUCUAAUUGAUCAAACUUUCUGAAUACUAAUUUGUAAACGUGAGAACAGCACUUGUGUGAUAUACAGUUACAAUUAUGCUGAUUGUAUUAGUUCUUAUUGGUCUCCUUACAGUAUGCGAGAAAUAACAAAAGGUAUCUCACUGUCCAUACAUCAAGCUCUCCCAAUUAAGAUUUAAAUGAUGAGUGUCAUUUAAUGAUUGUAUUGCCGUGUGCUGUGUCGAUUUGAUAAACGGACAAAUGAAUGUCAGUGUUACUGUCUAUUCACCAGCAAAGGAGAUAUCAAAUUCACAUACCAUCAUAGACUCUUGCCAAAGUUGAUAUUUAUGUAAAUUUACAGUAUGUGUUACAAUUCCCUUUAAUCAAUCCAUUAUGUUUUUGGAUGUAAACCCACACUCAUUCCCAGUCUGCAUGUCAACACACAGUAUUAGUCUGCCACAUCCACCUCAGGUCACAGUAUUCAGACAGACAGACAGACAGACAGACAGACAGACAGACAGACAGACAGACAGACAGACAGACAGACAGACAGACAGACAGACAGACAGACAGACAGACAGACAGACAGACAGACAGACAGACAGACAGACAGACAGACAGACAGACAGACAGACAUUUCAUCUGACAGUGAUUCAGGUUAACCAAAGAGAUGCAGGCCGUUUCCGGGAUGCUGCUUGGACAGUCUGAAUGUAAGGAAUGUUUUCCCUGGCAGUUAUCCUCCUCACCUGGCUCUCCCCAGGCCUGAUCCCAUACCAUGCCCAUGGGAGACAGUGCAUAUCAAAGGUACCUUCUGCUGGCUGCCAUUCUAGAUGGCAGAUUAAAUCUACAAUUUUUUAUUAGGAACACCUUGAUGUUCUCAACUUAAAUAGAUGAGACUGGAUUAAUUAAGCUUGCUGUAAGGUAGA